AUGUCCGAAGGUCAAUGGUCUGGGUUGCCAUUGGUAGUUUUGGAGUCCAUUUUCGAUAAACUUCCAAUAAAAAAUAAAGGCCGAUGCGCUCAGGUCUGCUAUGACUGGUAUCUAGCUUCUAAAAGCGAAAGAUCGUGGCGCUAUUUUCGAUAUGAAGACGAUAUUUUUGUGCGCAGAAAAUUCACGCAACAUUCCGGCUGGCAGAAUCACAUCGAUCAUUAUCGAUUGAGGUUUUUAACCGCAAAAACCGUAACGAAAUGGAAACGGUUUGAAGUUCUGCCAGUCAGUAGCCUCUCGCAUAUGUAUGAGUUUCUACGGGUUCUGUCAAAUUUCUCUGAAUAUUACGAAAGGAAUGCCGGUGAAGAGCCGCUCUCCGGGCUCCAAUCAUUUCAAUUUGAAUGGGAAAUGCACGUCCCCAAGGAGGGCGCCGGCGUCCAUUUCGACCAUGAUAUCGGGACUGGUGGUACUAUGUUAGCUGGGAUAUGGCUAUUUCUGCAACAUCUUUUCGGCUUGAAAAGUUUGGCGUUAAUUAACCUACAACUAGCUGAAAGGGAAUUUAACCCGUUCAUGGAAAAGAUUUGGACCUUCUUUCAAGAUCGGCUCGAAGAAUUGUAUUUCCUAAAUGCUACUCUAUACCGCAAACCAGUCUUGUAUCUGGGAUUGUUUUUGAAUCUCCGGAAACUCGUGGUCUCUCCACAACAUUUGGAUGACGAUUGCUUAAUUUUAAUUGGCGAUUUACGAAGUUUGAAGACAUUCAUGAUUGUCCAGACUGAAAAGACCUCCGAACACCGAGCCUGUUCACGCAAUUCUUGGGAAAUUUUUGAAAAGGGAAACGGCGGGCGAACUAGACUGUAUCUUGUCCUCAAAGGAAAAGGACGCCUCCCUAUGCUGGUCCAACCAGGUGCCCCAGUAAAAUCGAUAAUUUGGGAGAAGUACAAUGGGCAACUUACUUAUGACCUAACGCAAAAUGUGAAGAUCGUAUUUAGAAAUAUAUUUCCA